UCCAUCUCAAAAAAAAAAAAAAAACCCCACAAAAAAACCACAGUGUGGCGUGGGACAUCUCCCAUCCACCCAUAUGUCACCCAGGACUGGCUCAGCACCUCCCCCGCCACCACUAGCUCACCCAUGACACAUCACCUCCCACCUGUCACUGCUGGCUCACCUGUGACACCCCAGGCAGCUCAGAUGCUCAGCAGGUCCUGCUGGCCUGAGAAACCUGGGAGGACCCUCAGGGAGGAAACGCACAAGGGCUGUGAUGAGGAACUCUGCUCGGAACCAGAGCCAACAGGAGACACACCCGUCUCUGUAUCUGGAGAACGAGAUCGAUGA